CUCUUUUCUCCUCCUCUCUAUCUCAGUUCCUCCUCUGUAAGGAAAGUCGAAAGAAACCAUGGCGGGAUUUAAGCGACCGAGAAAGGCGAUAGAAAUGAUGGUGGCGAACUUUGACCCUCCCAGGAAGAAGCCAUUAAUAUGCAAGCUUGGGACUGGGUGCGGUCCUUUUUAUACUCAUGGUGAAUUGGAUCACCAUAAAGCAACUACUCAUCCAAAUGACAAGAAGGCUAGGGAUCAAAAAAACAAGAAGAAGCUAGCCGUUGCCGUCAUAAGAAAACUAAGGGUACCUGGAGCUGGUAUACUUUAUGGUAGAAAAGUGUUCGACAAGAAGAGUAAAACGCUGUUGGCUUCUCAAGCAGAAGGACUUAGUGAGGUACCAUUUGAGGAGGGAGAUGUCCUUGAACAGCUGUGGAGUAUCGAAAAGUCAUGGAGAGGUGGACUGUUGGCUGGCCCUACUGAAGAUAGCCAGAAAGUAGGGGAAGAGAAGCCUCUGGAAAAUGGUGGUUCAGCUUCUGCAAAGAGAACCAUCUCGGAGAACGGUGAGAAAGAGGAAUCUCAAGCAAGCACUGAAGGUUGCCAAGGUUCGACUGGGGUUUCUUGUUGCAGAGACGAAAAGUUCGAAGAUACCAGUUGUCAGGAAAGGUUAUCAGGAUGGAUGAAUGGUAGAUUUGAACGACGUGAAGUUCUUACUGGUCUUGUUGUGUUGACCAUCGCUGCGGCUUAUUUCAUCUAUAGAAGGUGAAUCCGCAAAUUGUAAGAAAACAACCGAAGGUAUUAGACCAGCUGUCAGGAAAGGUUGUCAGCAUAGAAGGUCAGGUUGAUUGACCAUUGAUGUGACUCAUUCAUUUCGCUUUAGAUCUUGUUUGAUGAUUAGGUAUUAUUGUACAUUCGUUUUUGAUACCUAGAAAACUUGAGGAAAUUGUUGGUUUCUGACAUGGAGGUAAUAAUGCUGAAAGGAAACAGUUCAAAGUACUAAGUUUGCAGAUAGUACUUGUAUAGAUGAUAUAUAAAUGAUAAACCUGUUAAUAUUAAAGUA